UAUAGUUCAAGGCCGGGUAUUUAUAUAUACAUCAGCUACGCCCCAACUGACUGACGACACAUAUGUGUGUACGUCCACGCCUUCUACCACCACUGUGUCCAUUGUAAUUUGACCGGCUUGCCAGUUGUUUAAAUAUAGCCUAGUGGUUUUAUAACUGACAUAUUGCAGUCGAACUGGAGUACUCGGUUCAAAUCGUGUUUGAAGAUAAACUUCUAACAAACAAUGGAAAUGGAGGGUAUUGUUUUGAAACAGCCAACUGGUGCCGUUCAACAGUCUAAUGCUUUGGCGUUUCUGGCUAAUUUGGAUUUCAUAAAGAUUCGGCAGAAAGUUGAUUUAGCUGAAUUGUUUACGCCAUGGGAAGUAAAAAACAGAUACGAAGUGUGUGAUAGGAACGACCAGGUGUUUAUGUACGUCACAGAAGAGUCUGACACGUGCGAGCGGUUGUGCUUCUUACCUGUUCAAAGGGGACUUGUUCUGCACGUCACGGAUGUGAAUGGUCAGGAGAUUGCUCAAAUCAAGAAGAAUUUUAAAUGCUGUGCAGGAGGUAGUUGUUGUGCCAGUGCAGACUGUUGUGCUAUGGAAAUGUGGGUCGAUCAACCCGUUGGUCGAACUUUGGCACAUGUUCGACAAAUGGUUUACUGCUGUAGUCCUAAAUUCCACGUAUUCGACGGUAACGGUACACAGGUAUUUGAAGUGACGGGGCCAUGUUGUAUCUGCCAAGGACCCGGAUGUUAUGGAGAUAUAGAGUAUCCGUUGACAAAUCCUGGGGGAUCUGAUGCCAAUGCGAGGGUAACGAAGAUCUGGGACGGAGCUGGCAGAGCAUGCUGUACCCAUGCCAACACCUUCGGCUGCCAUUUUCCUGCAAACAUGGAUGUUCAACAGAAGCUAUCUGUCUUUGGAUCCACAUUCGUACUGGAUUACCUGCUGUACGAAAACAAUGGGGACCAAUAAGCACAAGGAUUAUGUAGGGAUCUGGCAGUCUGUGUAAUACGGAGAUGCAUAAAGACCAUUUUAACUCAUCACGCAAAAAAAACGCAGAAAGGAUGCAACAGAUGUUAGGAACAUGUUUUGUUCUUUAUCAGAAAAUAUGAAGGAGCACGAUAUAAUAUUAUAUUACUAUUAUUAAGAAUGUAUGCUAGUUUAUUGGGAAAGACUUUUAUACUACCUCUACUAGGUCUGUGAUAUUGUCCCAUAUCCUAUAUUGUAUUUAGUGGUUUACCUGAUUACUCUCUUCACUUUGUGGACGUGAAUGCAUUCAAGGGUUAACAUCCGGGAUUUUAUCAACCUGCGUUAAAUAUGGACCAUCGAAAAGAGUGAAUGCUAUUUUAUUCACUAUUAUGUUGUACCAUACUCAUUGUAUACAUUGGACAUUAUAUUUACGAAAGCGAACUAUUCUAGUAAACAAAGACGCCUGGUCAGGAAAGAAACGAAAGUGUUUGCUAUGAUGACGUCAUUUUACGUGUUACUUCAUCUAAUGUGAGGUCCAAUAUAUUUAAGAUAUGACAUAUUUACGUCAUCUUCAACUGUGAUAAACAUCCCGGAGUGUACUUUUGUUGCUUAUUUGACCAGGAGCAUGACUAUUUUUGUCGUCUAUUAAAUAGUGAAAUCAAACGUCGACUGACACUUAAAUUUAAAGUCAUGUUUACAAACAAAAUUUCAGUUUUAAUGUAUUUUUAUAUCAGCCAUUUCUUUUGUUAUAUAACCAUUUACAUUUUGUAGUUGGAAAAUAUGACACGGUGUUUUUACCUUUUUCUGUUAUUCAUACAUCACCAUGUUUCAUUGUUAUAUGUGUUGUACUUAUUUCAAUGUAAUUUGUAAACUUUAUUUAAGAUCUGAUUCAGCAUUAAACACUUCAAAUAA